AUGGAAGUACCAGAUUGCUUGUAUUCGGAGAAAGGUCUAAUGUUUUUGGGAGAUAUCAUUAGGGAGUCUAAAAAGCUUCAUCCAAGCACUGAGAGAUGUAUCCGAUUAGAUGUGGCUCGUAUUCUCGUUGUUGUAAAUUUGGAGAAGCCGCUCCCGAGUAAGAUAGAUUUGAGCGAUGAGCAAGAGACGCUAAUCUCAGUCUCUUACCUGUGCCUUCCUUCACGAUGUCAAACAUGUCAGGCAUAG